GGCGCGUUGCUUGGCAAGGCUGGCACCGAUUCCUCUCUCUCCCCGCCUGAGCUGGAUUUGCAGUAUCUGGAGAGCUUUGGCGCUUCUUUCCCAAGGGAAAAUCGUGCUUUCCCGCUCCCCAUCGCAGCCUCCGAGGGGGCCGGAGAUGCUCUGAGGUUGGCAAGGCUUCCUUUGGCAUUCGGGACGGAUUGGAUGCCCUCUCGGAGCCUUUCUGCGACCAGACCGGGACCCAUGGCUUUGCCCUGAGCCAAGCAGCGGUGGAGGCUUCUUCUGGGACUGAGCCAUGGCUGAAGGGCAGCAGCGCCUUCCUCGGGGCGGGGAGGCCUGGGAGAUCGACGUGGAGAGCCUGGAGGACGAGGUCGCGCAGCCGAAGGCAGCCAGGUUGGAGGAGGAGGAGUUGGAGGAAGAGGAGGAGGAUGUGGACGAAGAAGAAGAAGAUGAUGGAGAGGAGGAGGAGGACGACGAGGAGGGCGAGGCUCUGCGGCGCCCUAUGCUCCCCCCGGAGCCGCCGAGGGCUCCCACCUCCGCUACCGAGGGCCCCGCGUUGGAGCCGCAGCCGCGGAAGCUGAGCCGGACGCCCAAGUGCGCACGAUGCCGCAACCACGGCGUGGUCUCCUGCCUGAAGGGCCACAAGCGCUUCUGCCGCUGGAGGGACUGCCAGUGUGCCAACUGCCUGCUGGUGGUGGAGAGGCAGCGCGUCAUGGCCGCCCAGGUGGCCCUCCGGAGGCAGCAGGCCACCGAGGAUAAGAAAGGACUUACUGGGAAACAAGCCAACUUUGAACGCAAGACAGUGUACCAAAGGCAUGUCCGGACACCGAGUUUGCUGGCUAAAAGCAUCUUGGAAGGUUACCGCCCCAUCCCAGCUGAUCCUUACCUCACUGGGAAUUCAUCCUUGCCAGCUCCUGUGAGCGACAGAAUGAGAAAAAGGCGGGCUUUUGCUGACAAGGAGCUGGAGAACAUCAUGCUUGAGAGGGAGUACAAAGAAAGAGAAAUGUUGGAAGCCACUCAGGCUGCUGCCUUUUUCCUGCCUAACCGCAUGGUACAUGGGACAGAAUACAACCCCUACAAAACUUCCUUUGGUCCAAACCAGGUUGAGACAUCAAAUAAGGACUUCUGUGGCUUCCUGCCAACUUGCCUAGAUCUGACUAUGCAGUAUUCAGGUUCAGGGAACAUGGAACUCAUCUCAUCGAAUGUGAGUGUGGCCACCACCUACAGACAAUACCCUUUGCCCUCACGGUUCCUGGUAUGGCCAAAGUGUGCCCCCAUCAAUGAUGCCCUUCUGUACCAGCAGUGUCUUCUGAAUGCCACCACAGUCCAGUCCCUCAAACCUGGGGCAACCUGGGAUCCUAAGGCUUCACAAGGCCAGGAUUGUCCAAACCCUGAACAUGAUGUGAUACUCUCGAAGAAUGAGAACUCAUUCUUGCUUCCUCAUGUUCGAGAAUUACAGCCAGCUCCAAAUGAACUUCAACAUAUUCCUCAGGAGAGCCGUGAGCGAUCAGCCUUCUCACCCCCUAAAAGGACAUUCUCACAGAUCUCUGACAAGGAUCACCUGGUUCCUCAAGAACAUCCCCUCAGCAAGGUUAGCAAAGAAACUGCUAAGCAGCAAGUGCAGUCUCUACCUUCUGCAGGACAGUCCAAAUAUAGUCCCUUUCAUUCAUUAUUCCAGAAGACACUAUGCAACCGAUCUGGACCAGAGUUGAAAAUGACAUUUGAUGAGGCAUCCAAGAAAUACAAAGAGAAUACCAUCAAAGAGAACCAGAAAUACAAGUUCACCAUUGAUAGAUAUGCAAAAGACUUCUUGGGAACUAAGCAAGUUGUGACAAAAUUGACAACAAAUGAACCCUUGUCAUUUUCUGUUGAAUCGAUCCUUAAGCGGCCAACUUCAAUGGUGACCAAUGUUUCUCAAUAAGAUAAGAUAAUUUUCAAAAGACUCAAGGCACUGUAUUUGCACUUAUGAUUAAAACCAUAUUAGGAAAUAAAUCCCUGUGCAUUCAGUGGAACUCUAUUUUUGUUUAAACAUGUUUGAGAUUAGGAGGCAAGAGGCUUCAUAUUCUGAUCCCAGAUGUAUUUGGAAGAAGUUUCCCUGAUUUUGCUGGGAUUUAUUUUUAAAUAAAGCAGGACAAGAUUUUGACUGGUUUCACUGACAUCAACUUAUUCCAGUAUAGCUAAUACUAUAUUUUAACUACAAAUCCCCCUAAAAAUUGUGAAUUGGCUGUUUCCAUUGUUUCCAGUGUAACAAUCACUGCCAAGUCUUCUGCAAAAUGAAUGUCCACCGCUGUAUCUCAUUACAAUUUUGUAUAAAGAAUUUGGGAUGUAAAUGGUGAUUUUAAAAUGUACAUAAAUAUGCAUGUUUUUCAUAUGCAAAUAAAUAUAUUUAAUUGUUUUGCAAAUACAACUGUUUUUUAGGGGUGGGCAGGGGCUUUAAUUCCCACUUUCCUUCACAAUAUCUAAGACACUGUUAUGGCACUAUAUCCACUUUAACUGCUGUGGUGACAUCUUGUGGAAUCCUAAGAUUAGCAGUUUAGGGAGGAGUAUUUAAAACUCUCAGCCACAGAGCUCUUGGACCUAACUAAACUACAAACCUCAGGAGCAACACCUAGGGGACUGUUCGUACUGCUUUCCACCAUAUGUUUUCAAAGGCAGUUGCCUCACUUUGCCUAAUGGUAGUAGGGCCAAAAGGGACUGCGGUGGCGCAGCGGGUUAAACAGCUAAGCUGCAGAACUUGCUGACUGGAAGGUCGGUGGUUCGAAUGGAGUGAGCUCCCAUUGUUAGCCCGAGCUUCUGCCAACCUAGCAGUUCAAAAACAUGCAAAUGUGAGUAGAUCAAUAGGUAUCGCUUCGGUGGAGAGGUAAUGGCACUCCAUGCAGUCAUGUUGACUACAUGACCUUGGAGGUCUCUACGGACAACGCCGGUUCUUCGGCUUAGAAAUGGAGAUGAGCACCACCCCCAGAGUAGGACAUGAUUACACUUAAUGCCAAGGGGAAACCUUUACUUUUACUUAGUAGGGCCAGCUUGCUACAGUUUAGUGAAUCACUCUUACAGCAAAACAGUUUUCCUUCCAACUUCUCCCUUCAUGAAUGCAAGAUCUAUAGUUUUUUUGCAUGUCAAGAACAACUUGAGUAAUUACAAGUCGCUUCUGGAAAAUCGGCUGUCUGCAAGGAUAUUGCCCAGGGGACACCCAGAUGUUUGGUGGUUUACCAUCCUGUGGGAGGCUUCUCUCAUGUCCCUGCAUGUGGAGCUGGAGCUGACAGAGGGAGCUCACCUGGUCUCGAAUUUGAACUGCCAACCUGUCGGUCAGAAGUCCUGCCGGCACAAGGGUUUAACUCAUUUUGCCACUGGGGGAUCCUAAGAUCUAUAGUAAGGUGAUGUGUUUUUCCACAUUCUAUGAAAAAUAAAAUUUAUGGGCUAUACCUGGAAAUAUGAUAAAGAUUCUUAUUCAAUGAAUACAGAUUGCUUCAGUGCUGGGUUGGAAUGAUGGUCAUCCUUUUUUCAUUGCUGGCCAUCCUGAACUUCUAUAUGCCACAGAAUAUUUCCUUCCCUGAUGCUGCAGACAGAGAAUUUUAUAACUAAGACAUUUAAAUUUGUGCUUUCUCUAAAUAAAUGAAAAAACCUGUUCAGUUUCCACAA